ACAAAGUAGGACCACAUUUUUUCUAACCCUUUCCUCUUUGUCCGUCCAGAGCUCCCACAGCAACAAGAGGAGGAGGAGGGGGAGGUUCUCAAUGAUGAGCAGCUGUGCAACCAUGAGAGGAACUCCAGUUUGGACCAAGAGCCUCCACAAGUUAAAGAGGAAAAGGAGGAGCUUUGCAACAAUAUGGAGAUAGAACAGCUGGUGGUGAAGCAGGAGACUGAAACCUUGAUGCCGACUGCUGCUUGUGAGGAAAGUGACAACAGUGAAGAGCAGACUCUAGACUUCAUGAUUGAGAAUGUUGUCAGCUUGUCAGUUAAAAGGUCUGAGGUACCAGAAACAAACAGUGAUGACCAGCUCCUCUCUCAUAACUCUCAUGUAGCUGAGAGUCAAGAUCACAAAGGAGACAAACAAGGAGACUCAGGAUCUACUACAAAUACAGAGACAAAACCACAGAAGAGACAUUAUAAAACUAGAAGUCACGGUGACAAUGUACGUAGCCCUACCACAUCAAAGAUUCAGCAGGAUACUGGAACAGGUAAAAAGGUUUUGAAGUGUGACACUUGUGGAAAAGCUUUCAAGUAUAUUUCUCACUUGAAAGUACACCACAGAGUCCACACAGGUGAGAAGCCGUACACACGUGACACUUGUGGGAAAACCUUUCACCAAAUGGCAAAAAUGGAAAGUCAUAGCAGAACACACACAGAUGAGAAGCCGUACCCAAGUAACACUUGUGAGAAAAGAUUCUCUAAGAAGAAGGUAUUAAAACAGCAUAUGAAAGUCCACACAAGUGAGAAGCCGUAUCCGUGUGACACUUGUGGAAAAGCUUUCAAGUAUCUUUCUUACUUGAAAGUACACCACAGAGUCCACACAGGUGAGAAGCCGUAUUCGUGUGACACUUGUGGGAAAAGAUUUCGUGAAGUGACAGACGUGAAAAGGCAUAUGAUAGUCCACACAGGUGGGAAGCCAUACCCUUGUGACACUUGUGGAAAAACUUUCAAGUAUAUUUCCCAGUUGAAAUUACACCACAGAGUCCACACAGGUGAGAAGCCGUACACAUGUGAUACUUGUGGAAAAGCUUUCAAGUAUAUUUCUCACUUGAAAGUACACCACAGAGUCCACACAGGUGAGAAGCCGUUCACAUGUGACACUUGUGGGAAACGAUUCUCUUAUCCGUCUGUAUUACACAAACAUAUGAAAGUCCACACAGAUGAGAAGCCGUUCCCAUGUGACACUUGUGGGAAGAGAUUUCGGGAAAUGACAAAAGUGAAAAGGCAUAUGAGAGUCCACAGAGGUGAGAAGCCAUACGCGUGUGACACUUGUGGAAAAAGAUUUACUCAAGUGGAAAAAAUGAAAAGGCAUAUGACAGUCCACACAGGUGAGAAGCCAUACCCAUGUGACACUUGUGAGAAAAGAUUUUCUGAUGUGAGCACUCUAGAACGCCAUAUGAGCAUUCACACAGGUGAGAAGCCAUACCCUUGUCACACUUGUGGGAAACGAUUCUCUCAUCUGUCUGUAUUACACAAACAUAGGAAAGUCCACACAGGUGAGAAGCCGUUCCCAUGUGACACUUGUGGCAAGAAAUUUAGUGAUAUGACAAAAGUGAAAAGGCAUAUGAGAGUCCACACAGGUGCAAAGGUAAAAGUCAUAAUGAACAACCCCAAACACCCUCUGUACAACAUCUUCAAAGCGCAGGAGAGCAACUGUGGCAGUGAGAGGCUCAUCUCACUGCACUCUCCAAACCCUGAAGGGGCAGUCCACCUUUUUCCAGAAGAGCACCAUGGCCUCAAAUUUGGAGGUGCUGACUAUCAUCCAAACUGA